AUGGUUGGUGGACAUACUGAACAAGAUCCAACUAAAAAGGAAUAUACUGUGAGUUUUUUUGUUUUUGAAUACAUCUCUGGAUGAUAAAAUAAUUAUAUUUUUCAGGACUUCGCAUGGAAGGCGGUUAAAGGAAUCAAUGAUCAAGCUUCAAACAAUGGCCCAUAUUAUUACGUGCCAAUCAAGGUAACAUUUUUUAUCAGAAAUCUUUAUAUUUAUUUUGAAAAUCAAUCAAUCAAUACACUUUAUCAUAUAGCAUUUUUCCAAUUUACAAAAAGCCUAGGCAUGUUUUGUAGUAGUUGGUGAAAUGGUAGUUGUUGAUUUUGGAACAUCUCCAUUAUUCAAAACAAUGAUUAAAAUUGAUCCACCAAGAAGUGCUGCCCAAACAGCCCAAAAAAGGAUAAUUGCGAUAACUCGAGCAGUUUUCCAAAAUGGCUCGCGACGUUUUUCACGAAGUUCUAGAAGAGUGUAACCAAUUACCUGCGGUUUUUCCUGAAAACCAAAAAGUUUUGGGAAUUUUAAUGAAAAUUCUCACCAACCUUUCGAUUUCUAGCCUCUGUGGAUUCUGAAGAAUAUUCUGAACAUGGUGAAGAAACAACUGUUGCACUUCGUAUUGUCUCCAUUUUAAUCGAUUAGAAAAAAAUUCCGAAUUGAAUGAAUGUUAGAAGACAGAAAUGAAAAUGAUAAGACGGUGUGCAAAUAAUUCAAAAUAGAUAAUAAUUUUGUGUUUUUUGUUCCGAUUGAAUAAGAAAAACUAAAGUUCACGGAAAAAUUGGAAUGUCAAAUAAUUUAUUAUUUUUAUUUUAUUGUUGUUGGACAAAAAAAAAUGAAAAUAAAAAAUAAUGGUUUGCGCAGAUUAGUUGGAAUAUAAAAAAUAAAAAUAACAUUUUGAACUAAAUGAAAUUUUUUGCAGGUUGUAAAAGCAACAACACAAGUCGUCGCUGGUCUCAGCACAAAUCUCGAAGUUCUCGUCGGCGAAUCCACAUGCAAAAAAGGAGAACUUCAAGCUCACGAGAUUUCAGCUUCCAACUGCCAAGCUAAAGAAGGAGGAUCACGCGCGGUAAAUUUUUCUGAACAAAGUAUGAAAAAAAAAUUAUGAACAUGGUGGUUUUCAGCUCUACAAAGUCAACAUUUGGGAGAAGCCAUGGGAGAAUUUCGAGCAAUUCAAUGUUGAGAAAAUUCGCGAUGUUGCUGCCAAUGAGCAAAUUUAA